AAAACCCCAACACUCGCCCUAUUCUGCUCUCUCUUAAGGCAGAACCCUCUCUCUCUCUCUCUCUCUCUCUCUCUGAAUCAUGGAUUCUGAUGGAUGCUUCGGUUGCAAACAAAGAAUCACGGAGAUCGGAGACACCCAAGAGUCUCUCACACCAUCUCCCCCGUCACUGCAAUCUUCCACUCCUCUUUAUCCCCAAGAAAAUAAAGAAGAGCAAGGGAUUGCUGAGAAUAAGAAGCUGAGCUUCCUUCCUGACUCCAAGAAGGCAAGCUGUCCUUAUCUUGAGGCAUCUCAGAUCAUAACUGAAGAAAAUCAAGAACUGGGUUUUACUUCUUUUGCUGGAAAAAGUCGAGAAGUGUUGGGUUCUUUGGUUUCUGGUAAUGGGGGUUUGAGGAAAAUGGUCGAGGAUUUUGGUCAAGGCGUGGAAAAGAUUGAGGAUUUCAAAGGAAAGCAAGAAAAGGUUGGUUCUGUGAAGGGUGAGGAUGAAGAGAGUUUCAAAGAAAGCUCUUCGUCUGAUUUUACUGAAAAGAAAGAGGAGGCCUUUGUGAUAAACGAAGUGGGUGCCGAGGUGGGCUCUUCUGUUAAAGAAGUUAACGUCGAAUCGCCAAAAGAAAUGGAAUCUCGAAGUCUCUUGGAAGUGAAAAAGAAACAACUUUUGGAGGAGCUUGAAGUUGUGUUGAUGGCUGAAGAUAAAACACAUGCGGGAAAAGUCUCUGAUUUUGAGGGUUCUUUGAAGAUUGAAGUAAUCGAUCAAACGGCAUUGAUUAAAUUCAAUGACCACUGUGCAGGGAGGAAAGAGAACAGGGAUGUGAAACAAGAAGUGGAUGGAAAGAAGGCGAGGCGGUCACGUAGAAAGGCUAAAAAGGAUUUCGAGUUGAUUGGGAGGCCCAAGAAUGUCCUUGUGAAGGGUCAAAAUGAAAAUGGGUGUAGAAACAAUGGGGAUGGAACCAAGAAGGUAUACUCGAAGAAGGAGAUGGAGGCCCUGAGGUUUGCAAACAUUGUAGAGCAACGGGAAAUCUGGAAAGAGAUAUACAACAUGCUCGGGGCUGCUGUUGCGAGGGAGUACGAUGACUUGGCAAGCUCUAAGAAUCAGAAGCAUAUCUACUUGAAUCUUGAUCCUCGGCCGCGCUUCGCGAAGAAGGAAGGGGCCCCUGCGAUUCUCAGGGAAGCAUGUGCUGAAAAUAUGGAUUGUGGUCUUAUAAGCAUGGAAAAUAAUGAAACAGAGAGUCUGUCUCUCGUGGAUCCCUCUUGUUGUCCGAAUGUUAGUGAUGGAGAUGGCUGCACAGGUCUAGAAAAAGAGAACAGUGAAGAUGAUGACAGUGAUGAAGAUUUUGCAAGCAUACAGAAACCUGCCUUUUCAGUUGAAGGAGAACCCAAUUUUGAGUCUGGUCCUCCAGAAGAUGGAUUAGAAUAUUUGAGGCGUGUUAGGUGGGAAGCUGCUCAGAUUCCAAAAGUGAAGGUAGCCAAGUUUGAUGGGAGUAAAUUUAACAAAGAACAGAGUGUUUAUAUGCCCCAGAUUCCAGAUAUUGCCCAGUGUCCUGAACAUCUACUACCAUUGAAACAAUGGGAGGAUUCAUUUCUUGCUGAUUUUUCAGAGCUACGGCUGGCCCUGUCACGUCUUGAAGGUUCUAGUGAAAAGCUGCAAUCUUUGCUGGUUAUAAAUGAACAAUGGCAUUCCCACCAGCUACUCCGGGAUAAUAUUCACAAAAAUUUGGAUACCAACACAGUCCAUUCAAAUCAGUCUCAUGAUUCUUCCAGGCCUCAAUGUACUGUCGAUGAGCCAUCAAUAUUUACUGCUGAAGAUGUUGAGAACUCUCAACCUUUGGGAUAUAUGAACCCAAAGACUCUUGCUGAAAAUUCUGGCCCGCCCUUGUCUGUGAUUUUAAGAAUGGACUCGGUAACUCAAGUUUCAACAUUGAGAAAAUGCAUAAGCUCAGUAGAGAACAUGAAUACUCUGUCCAGAAAUGAUUGUUUAUGGCUGUUUGCCCUAUGUGCUGUUGUUGAUACUCCGUUAGAUGCUGACACUUGUGCUGCCCUUCGGAGCAUGCUUCGGAAGUGCGCUACAUUGCGAGCUGUGAAGACUGAGCUUGACGAUGAGGUUGUAAUGCUAAAUAUUCUGGCCACAGUUGCAGGCAGGUAUUUUGGGCAGUCAGGAAGGUGAAAUGUCCUGGUAACUAUCUGUUUUGCUAAUCAUAUUUGUUGAGCAAACUGAGAUUAAGGCAAUUAUUAUAAAAGUUUUCUCCUAUGCAAGAAGAUUUAAACAUCCAAACUCCUAAACUAAACCUCCAAAAUUUCCCAAGUUUCACCAAUAUAUUGCAGUUGUUAGGCGGAUUGGUUUUCUCA